AUGAAAAUUAUUUCACUUUACUAUUAUAAACAAUUAUUUCAUUUCAAUCAAAUUAUUCCACAUUAUAAUUGUAAAUUCUAUUCAACUCAAACAAUAUUGAAAAAAAAUUAUUUCCCAUUAAUUGGACUGGAAAUUCAUGCUCAAUUAGCUGUACAAAAUAAAUUAUUUACCAAUGUCCCGUAUAAUUUCGGUGCUCCUCCUAACACUCAACUAGGUUUACAUGAUGUUGCAAUUCCUGGGAGUAUGCCGAUUUUAAAUCGACGUUGUCUUGAACUUGCCAUCGUUGCUUCGAUUGGAUUAAAUUGUCACAUUAAUUUCAUGUCACGUUUCGAUCGUAAGCAUUAUUUUUAUGCUGACUUGCCAGCUGGUUAUCAAAUCACUCAAUAUUAUGAACCAAUAUCAAAAAAUGGUUAUUUCGAUUAUAUUUGGUUAAGAAAUAUUUCAACUGUUCAACAACAACAACAACAACCUGUUCCAUUGUAUACAGAAAUUAUACGUAAUGAUGAUGUUGAAGAUCAAUGUUAUUAUCGUUCACGAGCUCGUAUUAAACGUAUACAAAUUGAACAAGAUUCUGGUAAAAGUUUACAUCAUAUACAAAAUGACAAUAGUUUAAUUGAUUUAAAUCGUUCUGAUGUUGGUCUUAUAGAAAUUGUCACAGAACCAGAUUUUAAUUCAUCUGAUCAAACAGCUGCAUUUCUUACAGAUUUAUCACGUCUAUUGAAACAUUUAAAAUGUUGUAGUGCUAUUGGUGCAUUUGGUGAACUACGUGUUGAUGUCAAUGUUUCUAUUGGUCAAGAUGUAGCCAAUCAAAAUGCUCGAGUUGAAAUUAAAAAUAUCAAUAGUAUUCGUGGUGUCAUGUGUUCUAUUGACUAUGAAAUUAAGCGUCAAUCGGAAAUUCUUGAUUCCGGUGGACAAAUUACACAUGAAACUCGAUCUUAUGAUGCUGUAAAUAAUGUCACUUUACGAAUGCGUGACAAAGAAUUAACACAAGAUUAUCGUUAUAUUCCUGAACCAAAUUUACCUUCAAUUAAACUUUUAUCAACUUGUUCACUAUGUUCAUCUCAUUCAUCAUCAUCAUCACCAUCAUCAUCCGCAUCGUCCACAUCAUCCCCAUCACCGUCCCCGUCGUUUCCGACGUCGUCAUCCCCGCCGUCCCCGCCGCCGCCUUCUUCAUCUAACAAUCCAAUUUGUAUACAAUGUAUCAAACAAAAAUAUCAUGUAAAUUCAAUCAAUUGGCAUACAAGCUUACCUCAUUAUAAAAAACAAUUAUUUCUAAUUGAUCAUUCAUUACCAAUAGAUCGUGUACUUGUAUUAAUCGAUAAUACUGAUUUGUGUGCAUUAUAUGAAUUGACCUUGAAAUAUCUGAUUGACACUUAUUCAAAUCUUGCUAAUAAUGAACAGUUUAAUGCUGUAUCAUAUGCAAAAGAAUUAAGUUAUUGGAUUUGUGGACAUAUACAUGGUUGUAAUAAAAAUGGUGCUUUAAAGAGUCUUCCUCAUGUAAACCAAUUGGCUGAAUUUGUACAGAUGAAUUUAACUGGACAUAUUUUUGGACCGAGAGCAUCAAAGCUAUUAAAUUUAAUUAUACAAAUGACUGAUCAGCAAGCCGAUCAUCAAUUGUCAAUUUAUCAAUUAGCCCGUGAACAUAAUCUACUUUUAAUUUGUGAUAUAAAUCAAAUUAAAAUUCAAUGUGAAAAAUUGAUUCAUGAUCAACCGAAAUUGGUUCAACAAUACAUUGAUGGAAUGAAUAAAAAGAAGAGUUUAAAAAAAUUGAUUGCACAUUUAUUAGCCAGAUCGGAUUAUUAUGAAAAUUCUAGAAAAUUCAAUAUUUCCAUUGUGGAAAAAAUACUCAAACAACUUAUGCUACACGAAUCAUCCUCCUCCUCAUCGUCAUCACCGUCAUCACCGUCAUCAUUGUCUACGUCAAACUCAUCAAUAAUCAAUGCUUAAUUCAUUAGAAUUUAGGAAUAAAACAAAUGUGGUAAACACAGUGAAGGAAAACUGAAUGAUUUGUCUGUUGAAAUGAUUAAACUCAUCUACUCUACUCUAUUGUAUUGAUCGGGUGGUUUGUCUGUGAGUAUUAUUCGUACAGAAUAAUCACACAUCAAAAAAACUAGAAUUUUUUUUAAAAAAAAAUGUAAAUAAUCAUACUUUGAGAAUUAGGUAAUUUAUGAUUUUAAAAAUAAUUUUUUUAAAUGUAAAAAUAUAUCUAUCUAUAGUAUGUUUAUUUUCAAAUAUAAAGUUUUAAUACAUUUUUUAUGCGAGCUACUUAUAAGUAGUAUA